AUGGGAGACAAUAUGACAUCUGUCACAGAGUUCAUCCUCCUGGGAUUUCCCCUUGACCCAAGGAUUCAGAUGCUUCUCUUUGAGCUCUUCUUCUUGUUCUACAUCUUAAUCCUGCUGGGGAACGGGGUCAUUCUGGGGCUUAUUUCACUGGACUCCAGGCUGCACACCCCCAUGUACUUCUUCCUCUCACACCUGGCCAUGGUCAACAUAGCCUAUGCCUGCAACACAGUGCCCCGGAUGCUGGUGAACCUCCUGAACCCAGCCAAGCCCAUCUCCUUUGCUGGUUGCAUGACACAGACCUUUCUUUUUUUGACAUUUGCUGCUACCGAAUGUCUUCUCUUGGUGGUGAUGUCCUAUGAUAGGUAUGUGGCCAUCUGCCACCCACUGCAAUAUUCUGCCAUCAUGAGCUGGAGAGUCUGUAUCAACCUGGUAGUGACUUCCUGGACCACUGGAGUUCUUCCGUCUUUGGUUCAUCUAGUAUUACUUCUCUCUUUACCCUUCUGUAGACCCCAGAAAAUUAAUCACUUUUUCUGUGAAAUCACGGCUGUUCUCAAACUUGCGUGUGCGGAUACCCACAUCAACGAAAUCGUGGUGUCGGCUGGAGCAAUUUUUGUGCUAAUCGGACCCUUCUCAUCAAUUGUCAUCUCAUAUAUGUGCAUUCUUUGUGCCAUCCUUAGGAUCCAGUCAGGAGAAGUUCAAAGAAAAGCCUUCUCCACCUGCUCAUCCCACCUCUGUGUGUUCAGACUCUUUUAUAGCACAGCCAUUAUCAUGUAUGUUGGGCCCCGAUAUGGGAGCCCCCAAGGACAGAAGAAAUAUCUCCUCCUGUUUCACAGCCUUUUCAAUCCCAUGCUUAAUCCCCUGAUCUAUAGUCUGAGGAACAAAGAAGUGAAGAAUGCCUUGAAGAGAGUGCUGAGAAUAGAAAGAGCUUUAUGA